AUGGCACAGACUCGCGGCGAAAGAUCGUUUUCUUUUCACAACCUUUUGAAGAUGCUCCUUUCAUCAAACUCGUCCACCACCCCGGCCCACGAGGAGGCCGAAAUGGCCGAGGACGUCGAUGAACCCCCCGAUCACAUCAUGCACGCCACCCACAUGAACUCCGACCAGAUCGUCUUUGCGCGGCCACGCGUGGAGCGGAAGGAAUCUCUGCUCACGCGCGCGUUGAAGAGCAGCCCCGAAAUGUCCCCCAGCGACCCUCACACCUCUAUGCAUGACUCCUACAUGUACCGAUCCUACCCUCACAGCAACAUCAGUGGCAUCUCCACAGCCGAACUCACCAGCGAUGGUGGCCUCACGAGCCCGUCUCUAUCCAACACACCCAGCCCGCCUUUGCCUCCUCAAAUGAUGGGAAAGGCAGCAAUGAUGGAAAGGAAGGAUUUGACACCCAAAGUCAAGGUCGUUGACUCCAGUGAGACGACUGUGGAAGCCAACCUGGGCCGCAAGCGUUGCAUUAGCUUCGCAUGUGGCCGUAAGACAGAUGACCAACCGAAAACACCCGUAUCACCCUCUGAGUCACAAACACUUCCGCCACCGAAAGAGGGUCCCGAGGAGGAGGCCCCAAUCCCGGAGAUCAAGCGCCGGACGACCCUGACUUUUGUGUGCCCGGGACGUGAGACUAUCAGCCAGAGGACCCGUUCUCCAGCUCGCAAGAACAUAUUCCAGUCACGUUGCCGCGGCUCCCCUGCUCCUGCUGCCCGCAAGCCCUCCGUCGAGAAGUCACCCAAGCAAACUCCUACGGAAGAGUCCGCUUCUGGAUCCACCAUUCGCACAGGUGUCCCGACUAGUGGGCUGGGAAAGUUUGAAGAAUCAGAAGCUACUCGCUUCCACGAGUUUGCUAGCUCCUUGGAAGAAGACGAUGAGUGGGUGAUCAAGGAACCUACUUAUACAGAAAAGAUCACUUUGAACGACUGCAUGAAGAAAGAAAUUGCCAUCCGACGGCUUGGUGAACAGGCAGAGGAAGAAGCUCUCGAAGAGGAAGAAGAUGCGGAAGACAUCGCAGAUGAUGACUCAACGGUGCACGACUUUUCUUCCGACGACGGUAACGAGUCGGACAACGAGGCUGGAUUUGCGGAGUCGGAUGAGAGUGACGAUGAUGGUUCAGACUAUGAGUUCUGGGCUCCAUCGCUUGCUAUUCCGGAGCCUACCAUUCAACCUACUACCGAACCAAGAGAAACCCGCCCCGUCACUAUGGAACGCCGCGCCUCGAACAUCUCCUUUGACUCCAUGACGGAUGAUCACUCCAGUUGGCUUCCUGCUCCCGUUCAAAGACUCAACGCUCGUCGUCCUUCAAAAACCAAGAGCAUCAAGAUUCGCCCGAGAACUCCCAACCUACCUGAUAGUACCGACUUCGUCUGUGGAACUCUCGACGAGGACCGUCCCCUGGAAGCCGCCUACAAAUCUUGCCUGGAACAACGCCGCCUCUCGAAGCAAAUUCCUAUUCCUCAAGACAUCGACCCCAGUUUCCCUACCAGCGACCCCGAGGACAACGAGGACAUUGACCACUCUGACGAUGAUAUCUCCGACCUUCCUGUUGCGACUCACCGUGAGGAAACGAGAGGACGCCCAGAAGGAGAUGCCCGUAACCCGUCCCCUCUUCGCUCCCCCAAGCGUCUGAUGUCCCCGCCGCCUCGUCGAGCUGGCCGCACCUCUCCGAAGCGUUUCAAGUCUCCACCUCCUCGUGUGCGAGCCAAGUCUCCUACCCCGGCGAAGUGGGAAUUCGCAGAGGAUAUGCCUGUGGUCGAAUCUCCCGAAGGUCUCAACAUCAGCCACCUGGUUCAGCGACGUCCCCUGGUCCGCACAAAGUCUCUUCCACGCACCCCCAAUCCUUUCUUCACCGAUAUGGACAAGGACCACCGCUGGCAAGGAAUCCCACCCUGGACCGAAUCUCCUGAGCGCGAACAUUCUCGUACUCGCGAACUACACACUCGAGGCCCUGUCGACAUUGUCGAAGGUCUUGAGAAAAAGCGCCAGAAACGCAAAGAAAAGUUCUGGCGCCAACACUGCCGUAAAGCUGCCAAAGAGCAGAUGGGCAAACGCCCAGUCCCGGGCAAAGGAGCCGAACGGAUGAAGGAGCUUGGCCUCGAAGCUGCUGAGAGGUGCAGAGCUUAUGGCGUCGGUCAAGAUGCCCAGCUCGUCCUAUCCGUUUAG